AAUUCGUGAAUAAGGGGGAAAAUUAUAGUACAAAAAUUCAUUUCGCCGAAUUUUGUUUCUCCAGAAAUUUGUUUAUUUUCAAAACUGAUUAAACUGUGAUACCAAACACCUCGCAUAACCAUAACAAUGUCUGCGGAUGGAGCUAAUGAUGCGGAAGCAUCAGCCCCACCGGCGCCGGCUCCAGAGGAAGAUAACAACGGAGUCCCAGUGGACACAUCCAGUCAUGAUUUCAUAGAACUAAAGUCCAUGGAGGAUGUUAAGGCUCUGGAGCAAAAGCCACUUUACAUGUACAUUGAGAAAUUGCAUGGGAUCAUACGGAAAUAUGAUAACAAAUUGGCCAUCUACAAGCAGAAGCUGAAAUAUUUUUUGAACAAGGAGUCUGAGAUGAAAACUGCCAAGGCUAAGGAGCAGGAAAAGCCACCACAAGAGGACCAAGAACCACAGGAUGAAACCCCCAAAGAACUUUCCGAAACGGAUGCAUUUAGUUUUGUGGAUGAAAUGCGUCAGGCAGCAAAACAUGCAGAGAAUUUGAACAAUUUUGUAUAUGAGCCGACAUCGGGCAUGUACUACGAUCCCAAGACUGGCUAUUACUAUAAUGCGGAAUAUGGUCUAUAUUAUGAUGGGAAUACGGGUUGCUAUUAUAGCUAUGAUCACGCAAAAAAUUCAUAUGAAUUCCAUUCGCAGGCUCAAGUUCAGGAGAAUAAUCUUGAUGGAAAUGGUGCUGCAAAUGGUCAGAAAGCCGACAAUGACGACGAUGAUGAUGAUAUUGAAGUGGAAUUCGAUGAAUUUGGUGGCGUCAUAACGGACAAAGCCAAAUUAAAGCAAAUCAGGGCCGAGAAACAAAAGGUUAAGGAACGUGCAGCCAAAAGUAAGCGCAAGGCCAAAAAGAAGUCCAAGAAGAAAGACGGUAAAAAGUCCAAGAAACAUAAGAAAGAGCAUCGUCAUCAUCAACACAAGACCAAGAAGAGAAGCAAACGUAAUCCUGAUGCUGAUGCCGAAGACGGCGAACUCUCCGAGUCGAGUAGCAGCAGUAGCUCUAGUUCGGAUUCGAGUAGUGAUAGCGAUGCCAGCAGUAGCGAAUCCACCUCAGGUGUUCCAGUAUUCAAAGCAGGAGGACGUUUUCAAGAUAUUGCCAAGAAAUAUCCGCCUUCGUUACGCCUUGUUGUUCAGGAGACAAAUUUGGAUUCCCUUAAAGUAGGCAGCCUUCAUAUGAUUACCUUCAAGGGUGGCUCAUUGGGACGCGAAGGAGCCCACGAUGUCAUCAUCCCAGAUGUGAAUGUGAGCAAGUGCCAUUUGAAAUUCCAUUAUGACAGCAAGCCGGGCAUAUAUAAAUGUCGGGAUCUGGGCUCGCGCAAUGGUACCAUACUAAAUGGCACCAAAAUGUCCAGUGAGCAAAUGGAUUUGGUCCAUGGCAGUAUCAUUGUCAUAGGUCAAACCAAACUGUUGUGUCAUGUCCAUGAGGGCAACAGCACUUGUGGCUUAUGUGAACCCGGUUUGCUAAUAGAGACGCCAGGCCCAGCGGAGGCGGCAACAAAUGCCCCAAUGACUGUCCUCUCACACAAGGAACAACUGAAGAAGCUGCAAAAGAAAUAUGGCCUUGAAAAUGAAAAAUUCGUUGAAUCCAGCGGCAAUGGCCAACAGAAUUCCAAUUAUAAUGAUCGUGCCGCCACAAGACGCAUCAAAGUGGGCAGCAGCACGGACAAAGAGAAGACCGAAGUGGCCUGUGUGAAUACUGAGAUUGCCAGCUCGAACAAAGGUUUUAAAAUGUUAAGCAAAUUGGGUUGGCAGAAAGGUGAUACCUUGGGUAAAACAAAUGCCAGUACAGGAUUGCUGGCUCCAAUCAAUGUGAUGGGCAAUGAGGGUACCAGUGGCUUGGGCAACAGUGAACCAACUACUACUUCAAUGGCACGCUCCGCUCCGGUGGAUAAACGCAAGCUGGCGAAUCUAAAGAUAACCCAGGCACGAUAUAAAAGAGCCAAUGAUAUGUUCGAUGACAGCGAUUAGCCAAUUAGA